GAAGGUGACCGGGCGGCGGGCGGUGUGCUGGGCCAUGCUGCUGCUGAGACCGGCUGCGCUUGUGACACUGAUGAGAGCCGCAGGGAGCGGGGGGCGGCGGGGGGGUGUGGUGUGUGUCCGCCGGUGCCGGGACCCCCCGGAGGUUUUGCAGAUCCCUUCGCUUUUCUCCGCUCCCCCGGUGCGACGGUGCUCGGCCCCCCCGCAGCCGGUGAUCGCCGCCAAGCAGCCGUUCCCGGUGGAGCUGAAGGCGGGGAAGAAGUACGCCUGGUGCGCCUGCGGGCACAGCAAGAGCCAGCCCUUCUGCGACGGCGCCCACAAAAAAGCGGCCCCAGGGAUCUCCCCCCUGCGCUUCACCCCCGAGGAGGACAAGACGGCCUGGCUCUGUGGGUGCAAGCGCACCCGCUCCCCCCCCUACUGCGACGGCACCCACAAGGAGGAGGCCGUACAGAGAGCCCAGCUCUCCCCACAGCCCUGACACGGCUGCAACCCACAGGGAUGGAGGUCACGGAGCCCACGGGAGCUCCGGACAACAGGGAUGAUGUUCAGCCGGCUCAGGUAUGGGAGGGAGUGGGGAGGAGAUGCUCAGCUCCCACCCCAAUUAACCUUAAUUACUGAGCCCUGAGGGCUGCCACCAGCCGCGGCAAACCAGCCUCACCCCACCACGGGGGCAGCGAUUCUGCUUUCUGCCCCACCGGGGCCCUGCCAGGGAUAAUGAAGGCUCAGCAGUGGCUGCGGAAAAAAAAAUAGUCCACUGGAGAAUGGGACUUUGAGGAGUGGUUUUGCAUCGGCAGAGCGGCGGGUGCCGAUCGGGAUGCGGGACAGAGGGAGCCGGGCAGCUGCAUCUGUACAGGCAGACGAAGGGAAUGACAGUCUGCAGCAUUUAUUACAUUUACAAAGCUGUAUAGUUAUACAAAUGUUUAACCAAUAACAAGAUAUGAAUAUCAGAAUAUAUUACAAGACAUUAAAACGUCAUACAGGAUGCAAACAUACAGAGCAAUUUGGUUUGUACCAUAUAGGAAAAAACAGAAAACAAAACAACCCCCCCAAGAGCCCCACACAAACCCCAGACCG